GAGUAUUUAUGGGACUACCAAUAGGCCUGUCAGUCACCAAGAAUAAUCAAGAGCGCCAAGCUGCUGCUGAAAAAGCAAACAAUUGGAAUUCUACUGUUCCUCCGACAACGACUAUUCCACUGAUACCAGGUGGAGUGCCAGUUAUAGAUUCCGACACGCCCGCCAAUGCUCGCACCAAAACUUCGCUAAAUGGAGAGACUUGGAAACUUGUAUUUUCAGACGAAUUUAAUAAGCCUAACCGAACUUUUUAUCCGGGAGAAGAUCCAUUUUGGUGAGCUACACAAACCUGCUAAGCGAUCUCAUCUGUGCCAUUUUGAGCGAGGGCCAGCUAAUGUAUUCUUAAUGUCAAUUAGGGAAGCUGCUGAUUUGCAUUAUUGGGCAACUAACGACUUGGAAUGGUAUACACCAGAUGCUGUUACUACAGCUGGUGGAAAUCUAGUCAUUACUUUAUCGCAAAGGGAAUUGCAUAACUUAGAUUUUGCCAGCGGAAUGCUACAGUCAUGGAACAAACUAUGUUUUACUGGCGGCUUAAUUGAAGUGAACGUUUCAUUGCCUGGUCCUCCGGAUGUCGGCGGAUUUUGGCCAGGAGCCUGGACCAUGGGAAACCUUGGUCGCCCAGGCUAUGGUGCUACAACGGAUGGUGUAUGGCCAUAUUCCUAUAGCAGCUGCGAUGCUGGCGCUACGAAAAACCAGUCCAUGCCAAACGGAUUCUCCUACCUUCCUGGUCAGAAACUUAACUCUUGUGUAAAAAGUGGGGAUCACCCUUCCAUUGGGAUAGGUCGCGGAGCGCCAGAAAUUGAUAUUCUCGAAGUCGCUUCCGCAGAUGGAAACUUUGGUGGCGAUGUCGGCUCCGUCAGUCAGUCUGGACAGUUUGCACCUUUUGACUACGCACUCACGCCUAAUUCAAAGUACAUCUAUCUCAGCAAUACCACCAUCGGAAAUAAUGGAAAAACCAUCAUGAACGGCUACAAAGGUGGCAAUUCUCAACAAGCAGUUUCUGCUUUGACAGCUUUGGAUCCAGACAUGUAUGACGGUCAAAAAUUUCAAACAUUUGCGUUUGAAUAUGUUCCCAGUGAUACAUCCGGAGAGCAAAGCUAUGUUAGGUGGCUGAUUGAUGGCCGAGAGACUUGGCGAUUUUUAGAACCGGCGGUUGGACCAAAUCCCAAGUCAAACGUAGGUCAACGACUCAUCAGCAAGGAACCAAUGUCGGUGGUGCUCAAUCUCGGCAUAUCCAAUAAUUGGGGCAGUGUCAACAUGAAGAAAUUGCCUUUCCCCGCACAUUACUAUGUUGACUACGUUAGGAUCUACCAGCACCCUGACAGAGUUAGUCUUGAUUGUGAUCCAACGGACUAUCCAACAUCUGAUUACAUCAAAAUGCACUACAACGCGUACACCAAUCCCAAUUUAACCACCUGGAGUCAAGCCGGUUACAGCUUCCCUAGUUUUAGUCUCUAGACAGUAUAUCAACCACCAUAUUAUCACAUAUAUCUACUUUAGUACAAAUCUAAUGUUAUUUUUAUUAUUUUCCAAUGAUAACAAACUACCAUAAAAACAUUCCAAUUAUCAAGCAGAA